AUGAAUAGGAAAUAUUUUAGAUCAAAUAGGAAGUUAAGAGGAGGCACUUUUAGAUUGAAUUAGACCCAAAUGUGGCUUGUUUUUAUAAUAAAAGAGGUGUAUUAAAUUAUUAAGUUAAAUAGGACUUCUAUUUACUAAAAAUUGGAAAUACUAAUUAGGCACUUAGAAACUUUAACAAGGGAAUUGAAGUAGAUCCUAAUUGUUCUGAUUUUUAUUUCGAUAGAGGCAAACAAAGUAUUAUUUUAAUCUCUAUGAAGACUUAGAUAAUGAACAAUAGGCACUCGUAGAUUAUGAUAAAGCGAUGGUAUGA